AUGGCUUUGCGGCGAGCGUUGCAGUUCCAGCCGGAGGCCUUACCCACGCCGGACAGACCCCAUCGCCGUACUGCAGAAGUGGUGAAGCAAGUCGAGGUUCAUAUUCCGAAGUACAGCCUGCAACACUUUACACGUACCCUGCCGGCGCAUGCAACACGCACGAAGGACUUGUUCAGGCUCUGGGUCAGGAGGCUCGACCCCGAGGACGUGGCAUACUGUCAGGACUUGGUGCGUGAAAGCACGCUCCUCGAUGGACAAUACGGGUCGAUCUGCAGUGGGAUGGACAUCGCUGCGACGGUCAUGAAGCAUGUCUGGGACUGGGCACGUUUCCACUGGGAGCUGGACUCGCCGGCAUUCACUCACAAGUUCGCCUGCGAGAAGGAGCCCGCCAAACGCCAGUUCCUUUUGACGACGGACAGGAAGAUCGAGCGCAUGUUCUGUAACGCGACGGACCUGGAAUAUGACAAGGAAAUCUGGGACUCGAAAACGAACACGUUCGUGCGCAUGCCACGCUGCUGUACGGUCAUGACGGCGGGCUUCCCAUGUCAGGAUUGUUCUGUCCUGAACCCGUCGUCGUCCACGUCGGCCAACAGAUCCUGCGUUGCCGACGGCACUCUUCGCACUGGCUCCGUGCUGCAGGGCAUCGUUCACUACCUGCAGUCGACGGGCCUCGUCGGACCGAAUUUCUGUUUGUUUGAGAACGUCGCCGGACUGAAGACGAAGACCCGUAACGCCGACGGCAGCACUGGACCCUCCAACCUGGACCAUGUCGGACACUUGAUCAGCACAAAGACAGAUCGUUUGCUGCAUGUCUGGGAGUUGGACCCACGAAUGUUCGGUGUUCCACAAAGUCGAAAGCGGCUGUGGAUGACAGCCAUUCCACGCCGGAUCUUCGAGGGACUCCUUCCAGAACACGAAGUACAAAAGAUGCUGAACAGCAUCAUGGACACACUCCUGGGUCUGAAGGAGAUCUCGGUGUCGGAGUACUUGGUCAACUCGAGGUGCCUGCAUAUGGCGAAGUUCACCACGGAGUACAACAAGAAGUUGCAGCAGCUCCAAACACGACGGGCUCGUCGUCGCCGGGCAGAACGACAAGACUCACAGGUAGAGGAGUCGCAGGACACUCAGUCACAGCCGCAGGACAGACUGGUGGGAGAAUUCCGGCGACAAUCCUUCGCAUCAAGCCGGGCAACAAGUUUCAGCCACCUCAGCACAUGCUCGUCGGGCACCCGGACCCUGAAACGUGAGAAGAUCGUCACCAAGGACUGGUUAAAGAAAUUCCGCCGGGCAGCUCGGACACGGCCGUACCUCAAGUGCAUGACGGCCCGAAAACGCAGGACUUUGUUCAAGCUUGGCGUGAGGAACUUCCCAAGCGAGACUCUUCAGGUCGUCGACAUCUCGCAGGACAAGUUUGCCCACUUAACGAACCACUCGCCGUGCGUGACACCAAAGGGCGAGCGGUACUUGACAUCGGAGUGCCGGUGCAUGCUCCCAUUGGAGUCGUUGCGCUUGCAAGGGGCAUGGUUCACGGAGGACGACACACGACUGGAAAACUUCCCGCAGAGCCUGCUGGCAGAUCUUGCUGGCAAUGCUUUUGAAGCGAGCUGCUUCGCCGCGACGUUUUGGGCCACGCUGGUCUGCUAUGGACGACUCCGUGCCCUUAAUGAGAGCAGCAGGGCAGGUCGUGGUCCCCGUCGUGCACUUGAAGUGCCGGCACUGAGAAGGUACAACACACCGGAGUUCGACUCGCAGGUUCUUUUGGACUUCGAUGAUUCGGAGGACGAGGAGACACACGCAUAG